AAAGUCCAGCUAGAGAAUAAAGUGCUCCACGUGUUACUGAAGAUUUUAUAAAUUUCAUGGGCUUUCCACUCCAUUUCAUCCUCCAUCUCCUCAUGCUUCCCAUCUGGGUACAAGGAUCAGGUUCCCCACACAGAAUAAAAUACAAAAAUAAUGAAACAGCUGUAUUUGGAGAAAAUGUGACCAUCUUCUGCAAUUUAACAACUCCAGCAGAUAUUGUGCAAAUUACCUGGCAGAAGAUUCAAGGUUCUUUGCCACAAAAUAUUGGCACAUAUAGCAGUGUAUAUGGAGAAACGAUUCUUCCACCAUACAGAGAUCGACUGCACUGUGAGGUCAUCGAACCCAAUUCCUCAUUCAUAACUAUCCGUGAAGUAACAUUUGAAGAUGAAGCUUGCUACAAAUGUCUAUUUAAUGUGUUCCCACAUGGCAGCCAUGGGGGACAAAUCUGCCUUACCAUUAUAGCUCUAUCUGGAUUAAAAACUGAACUCCAGUCCAAUCUUGACUCUGAAGAUUUUCUUAGAUUUAUUUACUCAGCUGUGGGAAAACCUGUUCCCCAAAUAUCUCUUUUCCCAUCACAAGUCUUGAUUAAUCCUCCUGAGGAAUACCUUGCUCAGAAUCCAAAUGGCACAGUGACUAUCACUAAAAUGUGCACCAUCUCCUUGGAGGCUGUGAGGUCCCUAGGUCUCCAAUAUCUGACUGUGCACAUGGAUCAUCCUCUAAGGAAUGAAGAGAAGAUUGUUCCCUUGUCAGUCAAACAAGAAUGUACUUCUCAUUCUCCUUAUACUUGGUUGCGUAUCAUUGGUCUACCCAUACUUCUGUUAUGUUUUUUGUCAAUUGUUAUCUAUCUUAUUUGGAGAAAGAAAAAGUAA